AUGAUUAGGCCCGAGGCAGAUGUUGUUCAGAACAUUACUAGAGAUCUGAUAUGUGAGAUAAUAGGUAAAGGCUGUGUUGAGGAUGGCCUAGUUAAUAAAGAAUUCCGUUUGAAAGACUUAAAAAAGUUGAUUAGUGAAUCAAGAGAUGUUCUCAUGAUUGGGAUCUAUGGACUCGGUGGAACAGGGAAGACAGCUAUUGCCCGAGCUUUGUACAAUGAAAUUUCUUAUCAAUUUGAGGAUUCUAGUUUUCUUGCAAAUAUCGGAGAGGAAUCCAAAAAGGAUGGCCUAUAUUGCUUACAAGAACGACUUUUUUGUGAUAUCUUAUUGGGAGAAAGUCGAAAAAUAAUGUUUCAUAGAAGAAACAAUUUGAUUGAGCACAAAUUUCGUACUAAAAGAGUUCUUAUUGUUCUUGAUGAUGUAAAUAAUGAGGAACAAUUGAAAUUAUUAGCCGGAAAUCAUGAUUGGUUUGGUGAAGGAAGUAGAAUCAUUAUAACGUCUAGAGAUAAAUGUUUGUUAAAACGACAUAAAGUGGAUGAGUAUUAUCAGCUUGAGAAAUUAGAUGAUCGUGAAGCUCUAGCACUCUUGUGUCACCAUGCCCUUACCGAAGAACAAUCUCCACAUUGUUUUUUUCGCCUUUUAAAUGAAGUAAUGUCUUAUUGUGGUCAUCGUCCUUUAGCUCUUAAAGUUGCGGGUUCUUUUCUACGUGGCAAGGGAUUGAGGCAGAGGGAAGCUCAGUUAGGAAAGUUAGCUAUAAAACCUGACGUUUUUAGAGUGAGUUAUAAAGAACUAAGUGAUGAAGAAAAGGAUAUAUUCCUUGAUGUUGCAUGCUUCUUUCAAGGGGAGUAUAAAGAUUUUGUUACAAAAAUACUAGAGAAACAUGAUUUCUCUGCUGAACAUGGACUGCAAGUUCUAAGCAAUAGGUGCCUCUUAACAAUUUCGGAAGGAAAGUUAUGGAUGGAUAAUUCAAUACAAAAAAUGGCCUGGGAAAUUGCUAGCAAACAGGCACUGAUACCAGGCAAACCUUGCCGCUUGUGGGAUCAUAAGCAAAUCCUACGCGUACUGAAGAGAAACGAGGGGAUACGUGCAAUUGAAGGCAUAUCCUUAGAGUUAUCCAAAUCAAAAGACAAAAAAUUUUCUGGUGAAGCCUUUUCCCAAAUGGAUGCACUCAGACUGCUAAAGGUCUUCUUGGGUUCUGGAUGUGUUAAUGACAAAGAGACUUAUAAAGUGCAUUUUUCUACAGACUUUACGUUUCCUUCAUAUGAUAAGUUAAGGUAUCUCCAUGGGCAUGGAUACCAAUUAGAUUCUUUUCCUUCAAACUUUGAGGCAGAGGAGCUUCUUGAACUCAACAUGCCAUAUAGCAGCCUAAAACAAAUUGAAGGGGAUGAGAUUCAUUUUCCAAAUUUAAUUGCCCUUGAUCUUAGUCACUCUCAAAAAUUGGAAACCAUCUCAAACUUCUCAAGGAUGCCAAAUUUGGAGAGACUGGUUCUUGAAGGUUGUAGAAGUUUGGUUAAGGUUGACCCAUCUAUUGGAAAUCUGAAAAAGCUUUCUUUGAUGAAUUUGAAAGACUGCAGAAGGCUUAAGAGUCUUCCAAAGAGAAUUUGUGAAUUCGAAUUUCUUGAAUCUCUUAUUCUCGCGGGUUGUUCGAGACUUGAGAAAUUGCUAGGUGACUGGGAGGAACGGCAAAGUUCAGUAAACCUGAAGGCAAGUCGAACUUAUAGAAGAUUCAUUUUACCUCGGAAGCUAAGAAUUCUUCGCUUGGGGCAUUGCAAGAGUUUUCAAGAAAUUCUAAAGCUUCGUUCAAGUAUCCAAGAAGUGGAUGCAUACAACUGCAUUUCUAUGGGAACUUUCUCGUGGAACACCAGAUUAGGAGCAUCCAUUUUACAGAGGAUCAAGAUUAAUCCGGAAUCUGCAUUUUCUAUCGUUCUUCCUGGGAAUACAAUUCCAGACUGUUGGGUCACCCAUAAGGUGACAGGAUCUUCAGUGACUAUGGAGCUGCAAAAUUCUGAUUGGUACAACGAUGACUUCUUGGGAUUUUCCGUGUGCCUUGUUUUUGCACCACAGGCUGAAAGGCCUCAGCUAAAUCCUGAAAUAUUAUGUGACUUGAAUAAUUUCACAUUUUUCCACUAUUGUGGCGAGGACAGUGUAGCUGAAUUUCCAAAGUCAUACCGACCACAAGCUCGAGCUCGAGCUUGGCAUACCGAGCUUGACAGUGUAGAUCAAGAAUGCGGCAACACCAGUACAGAUCACGUGUGGUUGGCAUACCGACCACAAGCUCGAGCUGAUAGAUGUCAUCCUAAAGAAAGGAAUCGUCUUAAGGCUUCAUUUGAAGUCUUUAACUGUGUGGUGAAAGAGUGUGCUAUUCGCCUUAUAUACAAGAAACAAGUAGUGUUUGGGCAAGAAGCCCAGUAG